GUUUACCAUUGAGGGUAUUCCAUACAGUCCGUUUGCAAAAUCAAGAUUCAAAAUAGUUGGCCUCAACAAAACUCAGAGACAAGGAUGUAAGCAUCCAAACAUUUCUGAUGGGGCAGAAAUUAGUGAGGAUGUUUUUCUUGACAAACGUGGGAAAUGGAGAAUCUCUAACCCCAAAAAAUUGUCCAGGAAAAGGGAUGAUACUCCAUGGAGGGAAGCAUCUAAAAUAAAUUUCUUCUCCCUCAUCAAAUCUUGGUUUUGGUACUGUCUGAAGGAGAGAAAUAGCCAACUCAACCUCUGUGCCAAGACAAAUAAGUUGGCAGGAAACUUAGGCAAUUGAUCAUUGAGAGUGCCUGCAGAAUGCACAAAGACCAUAUGUUAUAGUGGAAAAUUGAUUCUUCAUGUAUUCAGUAUCAGAUACUACUCGGCAUAUAUUUUAGUCUUCUAUCCUUUUUAUAUAUUCUCAUUUGCUUUCUGGACUAGCAUAGAUUUAGUUACCUUUCAUAACUAAACUUUCGUAUUGCUAUCUUGAUUGAAGGAUUAUGACAGGUUUACCUGUAAGUUUUAUCUUUGAAUCAUUUUAUCUUAAGUAGCAGUAAAGUAUUAAUGAGUCAGAUGUGCAAUUUUCCAAUGUUUUGUCAAUCAAAUUACAUGUUCUUUCAGUUAGACUGUGUUAUAAAAUUAGUCCUAAAAAACUUCAGGCCUACAAAUUUUACCACCUUUGGGACAUUCAAAAUUAACAUUGAUCAUUGCUUCGUCUCACAAAAAGUUAACUAAUUUUAGUCAAUCAAAUUAUUUACUAUUUGAUUUUGCCGGAAUGGACACACUAGUUCAUAAAAAGUGUUCUAUUUCACGUGCUACCUAAGAAUGGCUUAACUUGAUCAUUUUGUCCUUAACAAGUUUAGUUUAAGUAAACAUCACCACAUUUCAAAUUUGUUGACUUUAUUCUAAUGACUUGUUUUACGUCAUUCUUAUUCUUUAUUAGGUGGUUCACUAAGGGGACGGGGUUGGAAGUAUGGAUCUGGGUUUGUAGAUGGAGUUUUCCCUGUCCUAAGCCCCAUGGCUCAGCAGAUUCUAGAAUUUGUACAGAAGGAACCUGAUGCUGCCAAAGUAUGGGCUGCACUUGACACUCUCCCUGCCACUCACAAUGUGUGGGAUGAUCUUAUUAAUGUGUCAGUUCAACUUCGUCUCAACAAGCAAUGGGAUCCUAUUAUAUCUGUUUGUGAGUGGAUACUAUACAAGAGCUCUUUCCGCCCUGAUGUCAUAUGCUUCAACUUGCUUAUAGACUCGUACAGCCAGAAGAGACAGUAUAGGAAGGCAGAGUCGAUUUACACAGAUCUACUUGAAGGUCAAUGCAUCCCAACUGAGGAUACUUAUGCUCUUCUGUUGGGUGCUUACUCCAGAUGUGGGUUUUACAAGAAGUGUGAGGCUAUCCUUACAGAAAUGAGACAAAAUGGCACACAUCCAAGUGCUGUGGUAUAUAAUGCAUACAUAAAUGGGUUGUUAAAGGAGAGGGACACUAGAAAGGCUGUUGAAAUCUUUCAAAGGAUGAAAAGUGAUCGGUGCAAACCAUCAACAGACACAUACACAAUGAUGAUUAAUCUAUACGGGAAGGCUAAUCAAUCUGCUAUGGCCCUAAAGAUAUUCAAUGAAAUGAAAACUGAAAAGUGCAAGCCAAAUAUAUGUACAUAUACUGCUUUGAUAAAUGCAUUUGCGAGAGAUGGAAUGUGCGAGAAGGCUGAAGAGAUAUUUGAAGAGCUACAGGAGGCUGGACAUGAACCCGAUGUUUAUGCAUACAAUGCUCUCAUGGAAGUUUAUAAUCGUGCAGGUUUUCCAUUUGGUUCAUACGAGAUCUUCUCGCUAAUGCAACACAUGGGAUGUGAACCAGAUAGAGCUUCAUACAACAUUUUGGUUGAUGCAUUUGGAAGAGCUGGCCUUCAUGAAGAUGCAGAGGCCGCAUUUGAAGAGCUAAAACAGCAGGGCAUGACACCAACCAUGAAAUCACACAUGCUGCUCCUUUCUGCCUACUCAAGAGCAGGAAACAUUCCAAAAUGUGAAGCAGUCAUGAACCAGAUGCAUAAAUCCGGGCUUGAGCUGGACACCUUCGCACUCAACUCCAUGCUUAACGCCUACGGAAGGGCCGGUCGGUUCGAGAAGAUGGAAGAAGUCUUAAUGGGAAUGGAGAAGGGUCCAUAUGAAGGGGACAUCAGCACUUACAACAUCUUGAUUAACUUUUUUGGUCGUGCAGGUUUUUUUAGCAGAAUGGAAGAUGUGUUUCAUUCCCUAGCGAGCAAAGGGUUGAAAGCUGAUGUAGUGACUUGGACUUCGAAGAUGAGCGCUUAUGCGCGAAAGAAACAGUACAGGAAAUGCUUGGAGAUUUUUGAAGAGAUGAUAGAUGCUGGUUGUUAUCCAGAUGGAGGAACUGCGAAAGUGCUGCUUGCCUCUUGUGCUACGGAUGAGCAGAUCGAACAGAUUACCACUGUAAUUAGAUCAAUGCAUAAGGAAACAAGAAAUACAUUUGCUGCAUGAAUAAUUUAUUCGAGUGCAGAUUCAAAUUAUAUAA